AUGCCUCCCAAAGGGAAAGGUCCAAAAGGAACACUAAAGCCUUCUGUUUUAGACCCUCUAUGCACUUUUUGCGGGCUUCCUUUCAAGUCAAAGGGCAUAACACAGCACCAAAAAUCAUGCAAAUCUUGUCCUGAGACAGUUGCUUCAGAUGCAAGAUCCAGGGCAUUUGAGGAACAGGUACAACAAGAGGGGUUAUUGGACCCUUUUAUCCCUGUGAUUGGGCCAAGCUCUGCCUACACUCCUCUUGGUAGCAUUCAUUUCCUCUCUUCCACUUUUUUCUUGAUUUUCCAAGCUGAUCAGUUCAAUCUAGGGUAUACACAUACUCAAUUGCAAGCAGGAAAUGUGGAAAAUACCUAUGAUGCAAACAUAGCAAUAUUCAAUGAAAAUGAAACAAUCAACAACACUGAUAACAACAACACUGAGCCCCAUGGUGAAGUCCAUACUGACGAAGGGUCCUCUAGUCCAUUUGAGCAGGCACCACAGCUCAAUGACAUCAAAGUGGAGUACCAUCCAAGAAGUGGACACCAACCUCAAUUCUUUAGCUUUGAUGAGUACAAAAGCAAUUUCCAGGAUCUCGAUAGUGUUGACAUUCCAGUUGAUCCCGAGCCAUGGAAACCUUUCCGUUCUCGUCUCGAUUUUGAACUGGCAGAAUUGAUUCUUGAUACCCACAUGAAUAAGAAUCAAACGAAUGAACUCAUCUCCCUCAUCCAUCAAUGUAUUCUAGACCCCAAGUCUUUUACCUUGAAAAAUGAACCUGACUUGUCAAAAAUUUGGGAGAAUGCUGCAAAUCGGGCAACUACGACAGCUGAUGCAUGGUGGGAAAUUCAAAUAAAAACAGGCUAUCAUCCUUUGGCACUGCAAUGGGCUACCCUGCCAUUGCUGUUUGCGCCCAUCUUCCAACAUCGAUUCGAAAUGGGGAAAAGAGGGGGAAAAGAGUUUGUGUUGGAUGGUUUCCAGUUAACCAUGCAGUUGCAAGAAGACUCAGGUGAAACUGGAAAAAAGAAAUAUGUGAAUUUCAAAAGAGUUGUCUGGCAUAAGGCAUUCUAUGAAAUCUUGAAGUCUGUUGAGCAAUAUGCAGAAACUGGCUACCACCUAACAACUGCUGAUAUUGAACGGUGGAUGUUUCCCAUUGUGCUUAUUGCAUCUGCAGACUAUGAGGAGCAAUGUGUUAUUGCCCUCAUUCGUGGGGUCAACAGCAAAUUUCCCUGCCCAGUCUGCCUCAUUCCUGGGGAUCAGCUUGCCAACCUUUCAUCAGACUUUCCCCUUCGUUUUUCCUCUGACAUGGAAAAGAUUUACAAGUCCACAAUAGGACUUAAUGCCUCUGAGACAGAAGAAACCUUGAAGAAUGUUGGUCUUCAGGAUGUUGAGGUAACAUUCAAAUGGGUUGAUUCAUAUAUUUCACUGAUGACUUACUUCCAAAGAAUGCUUUUUGGAAAUUUCCUUGCACUGAUAUUCACCAAGCAAUUUCUUGGGAUCGCCUUCAUGCAUAUCAUGGAGGUUUAUUCUCAGAUCAUAUCUGGGAAGAGGGUUGAUGCUCUCCCUACUUGGAGUGGUUUAAACCACUUUACCUCCAUUAUAAAGACAGGUGAAUUUUCUGAUGGAAGCAAGUAUGAGGACAUGUCGAAAGUUCAUACAGAGACAACUAUUCAAAAAGGUCGAGAGGAACUGUUGGUUUUUGAGAAAGCACUUCAUGAAUAUAUGCCAUUUAACCCAGCUAAAUCAUGGUCAUUUCCAAAAGCACAUACACAUAAGCAUAUGUUUGACGAUAUCCAGCAAAAAGGGGUGACACGAAACUAUAAUAGAAAGCCCAAUGAAAAAUGUCAUGUUGCAACUGUCAUCCACGAUGACAUUGACUACCUGGAUUUAUCCCAGGCAGAAGCAUCUGCUGAAGAUAGCCAAAUCCAGGUGACACGAAACAUCAUUGGAAUGGCCCAUGUAUCCUUGGGUUCUCAAUGUGCACCAGUUGCAUUUUCAGACCUUGAGGAUGAACACAGAGCAGACUCUGCAUUCAAAGAUUUUCACAAGAAGAUUGGAUGCUUUUUUACAAGAUAUCUUGGAAGAUCGAUGACUGUUCUUGACAAGGAGUAUCACAUGGCACUUAUCCUACCCAUGGAUCUUCCACCUGAUUUGGAGAAUCGUGGACAGGAUAAUGACCUUCGCUUCAAUUGA